AUGCUCUUACAGACUUCAGUCUCUCUACUCAAGACCACUCACCGUAUCCUUCACAAUAAUCUAGAGCAUCCAGCUAUGACAACUCGAUAUUGGUGUACGAUCCAAUUUACCCCCAUGCAUGCCUAUGUUGGGGAUCGGUCUUUGCUCAAGUGGAUAGCGUACAAGCUCGACCAUAUGGAGAUUGGUAUUGCAGAGGGUCCUUCAACUGGCCAACCUUAUUGUCUAUCCCUUCCAGUUGACAUCGCUGGAAAUGGUCUACGGUAUUACCAUGAUGUGCUAGUUCGGUACUUGGCUAACAAACUGAGGGUCGCUGUUGAUGACUGGCUAGCUGAUAAUUUUUCUGGCAAGCCCUUGCCUUUUGACCGAGCACAAAUUUUUGGGAGCACUAUCAUCAACGUCUCAACUUGA